GUAAUGCACUGAAAAUCAAAGUCAUGCCCAGAGUCAAGUCCCCAGAACUCCACCACUGCUGGAGCGCUUUACGUUUUAGACGAUGGGGUGGUCUACUGUGUUGCUCUUAGCCAGUACCUAUCUAACCUUGUGUCUUUCUACAGCCGAAGGAGAAGAGAGACUUUGUGAUUUUCCAAAAAUAAGCCACGGAAUAUUAUAUGAUGCAAAGAAAUAUGACCCACUGUCCUCCUUUCCUAUUGGGAAGGUUUUAUACUACUCUUGUGAAUAUAAUUUUGUGUCUCCUCCAAAUUCCUUCUGGAAUCUCAUAACAUGCACAGAAGAAGGAUGGUCACCAACACCAAAGUGUCUCAGGCUAUGUUUCUUUCCUUUUGUGGAAAAUGGUGAUUCUACAUCUUCAGGGCAAACACACUUACAAGGUGAUACUGUACAAGUCGUUUGCAAUCAAGGCUACAGCCUUCAAAAUAAUCAGAGCAGCAUUGCAUGCACUGAAGAGGGCUGGUCCAUUCCUCCCGAAUGCAUUUCCACCAAUUCAACAGGAAAAUGUGGGCCUCCUCCACCUAUUGACAAUGGAGACAUCACCUCCUUCCCUUUACCAGAAUACCAACCAUUAUCAUCAGUCGAAUAUCAGUGCAAGUCCUUCAAUAAAAUGCAGGGCAACAAAAAAAUAACAUGUAGAAAUGGAGAAUGGUCAGAGCCACCAAAAUGUUUAAAUGCAUGUAUAACAUCAGAAGAAAUUAUGGGAAAACACAAUAUAAUUCUCAAAUGGAGAGAAAUUGGAAAGGUUUAUGUCACAUCAGGGGACUAUGUAGAAUUUACAUGUAAACCUGGAUAUAAAAAGGCAAAUGCAUCACCUCAAUUUCGUACAGUGUGCAUUGAUGGUCACAUCAGUUAUCCCAGUUGUACAAAAAGAAGUUUGUUUAGUAGUUGAAUGAACCUUUGUUUAGAAACAUGCAUGCAUAUUACCCACACAGUUUCAAUUUAUGUUUGAAGUGUUAACUAAUUUCAUCUCAUAAGUAUAAACUUGAUUAAUUUGGAGCUUGAGAUAUGAUUGCUACAAAUGCGAAAAAAGUACAUUCAAAAUACCUAAACCAGAGUGUGGCAAGUCCUAGCACAAUAAACAAUGACAAGAAAAUGCAAUUACUUCAGUGUCUGUUUUGAUCCACCACUUUUCAGUUCUCCAAUUUUCUUCAAUACUGUGAACCUAAUUCUCUGAUUCACAGUGAACUGAACCCAUAUUGUCUCAGUCUCCAAAUUAGUAUUAUUUCACAAAUAUAUAACAACCAAACUGCCAUACUUAACAUUGAUAAUUAAUAUAAAUAAAGCCACAUAAUAUUUUAUGCUAAUAAAUAGAUCUAAAAGUAUUUUUAUUAUUUCCUGAACAUAUUAAUUUCUCAAUUUAAAUAUUCAAUAGUUACACAAAGAAAUUAAAAUUAACUGAGUAUAUGAUUCUAUAGCUAUCAUAAUGUCAAUAUUAAAAACUAAUUAUUCUGAACAGGCAAUAAGCACAUAUAUACUUGUACCUAAAGUAAUAGAAAAGUAAAUUAACAAUAAAUACAAUAAAUUUUAUUUAAAGACUAUAUUUAUCUUUAGAGGUAAUAGUGUUAAGGGUUUCUAUUUGAUAUCUUUAAAGACAAUUUCUAGUUUACGGUACCAAACAUAACUUGUAUACCUUAUCACAAUGAAAAAUUGAUAUAUAUUCAGCAACUGAUGCUGCAGUCUUAUAUUUUUAUUUCUGGACUAUAAAUAUGUAACAUGAUAUUGUAAAAAUGCAUGGCAGUAACGCACCAUAGCUCCUGUUUGACCAGUGAAAACAAGCAACAUUUCAAAAGCCCUGUGUUGUUAACUCUGAUUAAUAAAACAUUAGUAUGUAAAAUGAAUUUUAAACAUUGUUUUCAGUGUACUAUGGCUAGUAAGAAUAUAACUCUUGCAUAAACUGA